AUGGAAAGCAAAGAUGUGAAGGUCACAAUCCGCCCAUAUAAAAUCUCAGACGUUGAUGACUUCAUGAUCUAUGCCGGAGAUGAGAGCGUAACCCGAUUCACUCGCUGUGAAACUUUUAUCUCUAAAGAAGAAGCCAUAAACUACAUCAAGAACUUCUGCAUCCCACACCCCUUUUGCAGAUCAAUCUGCAUAGACGACCGCUCGAUCGGACUCAUCUUCAUCAUGCCCUGUACAGGUGAUUAUAAUAAGUGUAGAGCAGUACUGGGGUAUGCGGUGGCUGCUGAGUAUUGGGGCCAAGGGAUAGCCACCAUGGCUGUAAAAAUGAUUGUCUCUCAAGGUUUUAAGGAAUUCCCAGAUGUGAUCAGAAUUGAAGCUUUGGUUCAGGUAGAAAAUAAGGCAUCGCAAAGGGUUUUGCAGAAAGCUGGCUUUACUCAAGAAGCUCUCUUGAGAAAGUACACAUACAAUAAAGGUGAAGUUAGAGAUAUGUUCAUGUUCAGUCUCCUGUCUUCUGAUCAUCAUCCUUGA